AUGAGCCAAGUUCUCCGACGAGCAAUAACCCGGUGGAACCGGCUACUUACUUGCUGCCAUCGAUUCGUCCCGGAACACGCUAUCUCCAGUCAAAUGCCGGCCAAUUUCACUAAAAAACAGUUCUCCUGCAGCAUCAAUCAGUGCCAGCCGUACAGCUCGAUGAAUCCGAACGACUUCAUUGCCACCUCACUGAUCGAUUCUGUCACAUUUGUGGCCGUCUGCUCAGACACGCUGGAAUCGUUGGUGGAUUAUUUCGAGCAGAUUAUUGACGAAACGAGCACGUUGAAAAAUCCGGACGUUACGUACAGCGAUGGUGUGCUGAUGGUAAGCUUUGGAGAACCGCAUGGAACGUAUGUGAUUAACCGGCAGCUACCAAAUCGCCAGAUUUGGCUAAGUUCACCGACGAGCGGCCCUAAGCGGUACGAUUUCAUACCGGACAAGCGUACGGUGAACGAGGGGUAUUGGUUGUACCGGCAUGACGGUGUUACGCUACACGAACUGUUGCAGCAAGAGAUUAGUGCGAUCGUUGGUAGAAAGCUGGAUUUUUUUGCCCUACCUCAUGGUCAAAGGCCGCAGCAUAGAAAUGGACGAGAUGGGUGA